AUGGCUUCCUCAACAGGCCCACGGGCAAUGAUUCGACCGGACCGGGCUCACUUGGCCCUGGCACUAGCAAUUGUCAAGGACAAACCUCCCGACACUGAAGUCAAAGAUUACAUCUCCCGGAUCCGAAAUUUCAUCAAAUCGCAAAAGGAUUUGGAUAUGUCUUGCCAAGAAAAGUUUUUUGACAGUGUCAACUUCUGGAAAUCCGCUUACGAGAAGUCAGAGGCCGAGCAUGCUAAGCUGCUCAACGCCAUGUACGACUUGGAACAGCGCAACUUGAGUCUUCUUGCGAAAACAAAACUGACUACCUCUGGCGAAAAUGCUUCCGUUUCAUCUUCAAUCAAACGCAAAGCAUCCGGCGUGCUUGAGCCUGUCGCUCCGUCCAGGAUCAACAGCAAACGAGCGCGGCCGAGCCUCUCCAAGAACCCUUCACGCAAGGACCCCGGUGCCGAACGACAGGAUGCAGAGUCUACGCAUGACGAGAAACGAACAACAUCCUUUCUGAGACAAAUCUAUAACAUGCAGCGAGCCCUGCAAAAGAGACGGAAUGAAAAGAACUUGGCAACCAACGCCGUGAUAUUGUGCAAAGAGGCAGAGCAUUCUUUUCUUGAUCUCAUACAACUCAAAGUCAACUCGAAAUGCCAAAAUAACGCCGCAGACCCCGUCACUACGGAGCAAAGCACCAGUGCCAUCUUUGAAGGUGUUGAGCUUGCUUUUCAUCUUGCAUACCGAGCGCUCCACAAAAUUUCCAACCCAGGCGAUAUUCCUGGUCAGGGCAAAGGUCAAAUCAUCUACUACAUUGUGUGUCUUUUUGAGUCGAUCACGAUUGGUCUUACUCAGUAUUGCACGGCUAUAUCGAAGCCCAGAAUUGGAACCGAAAAGACCGACCAGCUUCAAAAGUCAGCGACUACCCAAGUCCGAAGGUCCAAGACAGAGAAGAGAUCCCCGACAAUCUCUCAAUCUCAUAUUUCAACAAAAGAGGAUGAUCAGAAGAUCAUGGAGGGGUUUCUUUUCGUCGUCCUCGGUAGAGUCGGCAAGAUGCUGGCUCUUUUAGUCUUUCAAGAUAUUCAGCUGCCACUCGAAGCUUGUCCGGAAAUGAAGCUUCCCGAAGGACUCGCCUUAAUGCAGCAGGAAGGGUUAUCACCGGACAUUGGGAAAUGCGAAGCGAGCCAUCUUGUUAAACUUCUCAAGGGCCUAUUUAUCAACGAGGCAUCUUAUACAUCACAGUACUCCGCCACAAAAGCUCAGUUCGUCUGUGGAAUAAAAGAUCAACUUCAGAAGACUCUUCUGCAAGCAGUUUUUGGGAUGGAUGAACCGCUGUUCCAGGAUGGCUUGAAACGUCCAGCAACGCCGCCGCCUCAAGAUUGUGAUGUAAAUGGAGGUGAAAUUUUCUCGUUUUCAGAGUGGUUUACACAAGAGUUAUGGUCCCUAGUAGGCUGGGAUAUGUUGAACAGCAUUGUGGACUGUCGUUGA